AUGGCGUCAAAUAUCAUGAGACCAGCGUUUGCUUACACGGUUGUGUACGUGAAGGACGUGGCUAAAUCCGUAGAAUUCUACUCUAGAGCCUUUGGUCACAACGUUCGUCGUCUCGACGAGUCCCACAGGUGGGGGGAGCUAGAGAGCGGGCAAACGACAAUAGCGUUCACACCGCUUCACCAACAUGAGACGGAUGACUUAACCGGGAAGGUACAAGCUACGCACUCAGCGCGUGAGAGAGCACCAAUAGAAGUCUGCUUCUGUUACCCGGAUGUUGAUGCUGCUUUCAAGAGGGCUGUGGAGAAUGGUGCGGUGGCGGUGAGCGAGCCAGAGGACAAGGAAUGGGGACAGAAGGUUGGUUACGUGCGAGACAUUGACGGCAUCGUUGUCCGCAUUGGUAGCCACGUUAAAUGA